AUGGGCACCAUGUUGCUGCUUUGUGCUUUGGGGGCUUUACUCAGCUGUCCAUCUAACGCUGGAUGGGCAGGGAGGGAGUUCGCCCUGUCAUUCAUGCAGAAUUAUGCUCCAGACUACGACAGUCCUCGCUUUCAGCUAUACAUCACCGCUGUUCAGGCCAAUGCUAAAGUGACAGUACAAGUGCCUCCUUUAAACUUCAAGCAAGAGAAAACUCUAAAUGCUGGAGAAACAGUCACCAUCAGUCUCCCAACCAGUGUUGAGAUGUAUGGCAGCCAGAAGUCUCCCAACACGGUGCGCAUUGAAGCCUCAGCAGAUGUGACUGUAACCUCUUUCAGCUCCAAGCUGUACACAGCAGACACCUCUGUGGUGUAUCCCACCACUGAAUGGGGUACAGAAUAUUUCAUCUUUACACCUGCUGGGUCCCCCUAUGGCUCAUUUAAAGAGUUCUCUGUGACAAAUGGAAAAGAGAGCAACAAAGUGGAGAUUUUCCCACUCGGCUCCAUCAGCUUUCAGGGUCGUGUGUAUGAGAGUGGCAGCCAAAUGCUGAUAGAUCUCCAGCCGUAUGAGAGUGUCCAGCUCCAGAGCGUGUAUGAACUCUCUGGCACCAGAGUUGCCUCCCAGCUUCCGGUUGCUGUUGUCACGGGUCACACUUGCACCUGGCGCUUCUCCAAAUGUAACCAUGUAUAUGAGCAGCUGCUGCCAGUUAGCAGGUGGGGAUCCAGCUUUAUCGUGCCUCCCCUGACUUUCCAGGAUAGAUAUGACAGCGUCUUCCUCCUGGCCUCCCAGGCCACCCGAGCCACUGUCCAAUACGGCAACCGUGAAGAAGUUUUGACUUUGAUCAGGGGGCAGAUAAUGGAGGUCCGCUACCACAAUCCCGAAACACUGUCCAUUCAGGCUGAUCAUGGCAUCCAGGUCCUCAUGCUCUUCAACGGCUCUUGA